CGGCUUGCCUGGGCAAUGGGGGACGGAGCCCCAACUUUACGGUGCUACGUCAUUGGCGCGUCCCACGGUCAGUUGUCAACGAGGGGAAGCGGGACAGGGCUAUACCCGCUUUGGCACCCCGUAAACAACACACACGCCUGACAACACGCGCAUUCCCUGCCCCCGCAUUUGAGUCUGUCAGCCAUGUCCGUCGUCGCGCGCCCGCAGCUGUACAAAGGUUGAUUAAUGAUUGCGGUUCAAUUUUGCACUCGCGCUUUCCGUCAUUGGUUCGCCCCAAGGAUGAGACCGUGUCAUGUCUGCAGGCGCGGACCGCCCGCCCAACGGUCGAGACUCUCAGACAUCGCAAGCGCCCCCGUCCUCAAUGCCAGCAGAGAGCCAGCCAGUCUCCAACGUGGUGCCGCCACGGCCAAUCGCAGAUCUCUGAUGCGUCCUUUCUCCCACCCCUCCGUGCCCUCGUGCUGCCCUCUGCCGAAACGCCGUCCCUCGCCCCAGCGCGUGCGGCGUCUUCCAAUGGCAGCCGGGAAGCCGUGGCGGCGGCGCUUUGCGCAGGUACCCUCAGGUACUCCCCCCUCUGCCCUCGCGACUCACUAGUCUAGUGCCGCGGAAUGCAUCGGGCCAGGGCGUCAGGCUUGAGUGCGCGUCGCACACGACGAAGGUCUGUCUUUAAAGCAGCCCCGGAGCCCGGGCAUCCCCACUUCCAUUGCACUUCAAACUUGAGCCU